UUUGAAAAUUGGCUAAAAUAUUAAAAUAUUAAAAUGUCCGGGAAAGACAAAGGUACUAGAUCUAUGAGGAAAGAUCAGCCCAGCCGAAGGUUCAGACAUAGGCUAGCUCAGAACGACAGUCUUAGAGAAUCUCUGUGUCGAAGCAUCUCGAGGUUGAAGAAAUAAAAGAAGAACCAUGGAACUCAUGAAAAUAACAUAUGCUGAUCCAGAAGUUCCAUAUCAGAUAUACUCCCAAAAUGUAGAAAGUCUGAAUAGUACUGUCAAAAAUGGCCUUCUAGAGCAAAGUGAACAAGUUGCAGAAAAUGUUGAGCCAAAUUUUAGUAUGAUGAAUACCCAAAACAUCUCGACUCAAGGAAAAGAAACCUUUAGUGCUCUCAAUUUUGAAGGAAGAGAUUAUAUCAGUACUGACAGCAAGGAUAUUGGGAAGAUUAGUAAAUGUCUAAGCAGAAAAGAAAAGAGACUUCCUCCUACUUUUGAGUGUGAAGAAGAAGCUCUUCAAAACUGUGAAGAUAAAGAGAAUGUUCCUUUAAAUCCUUUUAAGACUCCAAUUCAGCAAAAACUAGAGAAGCUCAAUCUUCAAGAAAAUAAUAAGAAUGAAGAGAGAAAGGGAAAGACCAUGUUACCAGGAAUGAGUCAAGAUGGAAAUUUUGCAAAGAACAUGAUCAGUCCAACCCAAAAUGACCCAAAUUGCAAUGAAGAGAGAAAGACCAUGUUCAAAGCGACACCUUACUCAAAAGAGAAAAUCCGGUUCAUGAAAGGAGUUCCUUUUCGCCCAAAGAGACCAAACACAAAAGUGGUCCCUUUCAAGCUCUCCAAAUCUAACAGCUCCACCACUCUCCACCACGAAUGCCUCGAAGCCCACUCUCCAAAGUUCAACACCCACGUUGAAAAAGUCCCUCGGACCAAAGAAUGGCCUUCAAAUUCCAAAGCUCCCAACCGAAGGAGGAGUAAUUCCCUCACCUACGACAAAAAGCAUGAAGGGCUGGAAGAAGGAUACAGAGUGACCUUCAACGUAAAGCCUGAUGGGAUUCUUAUGAAGAGUGAUGAUAAGCCAGAGGCAAGGCCGCAGAGGUUCUUAGAAACGAUCGUUGAGAGCACCUUCAGGAAGGGACAGAUAGGCAGACAGGAAGGAGAGGAGAAAGGGAAGAAUAUGAGGAUAAGAGACUUUUUGUUAAGAAAACCGGUGAGCAAACCUACAGUUCCGGUAGAGCCCAGACUUCAUACAGAUAAAAGGUCGUUAGAGAGGGAAGAGUAUGCGAAAAGAGCAGCGGAGUAUAGAAAGGAGUUGUUUAAGAAGCAAAGAGAGGAUUUGGAGAGAAGAACGAAGAUGAGACAGAAAAAUUUUCAGUUUUAG